AACAAUCUGAAUUCUGAAACCCUUAAAAAAAGGUUCCCCAUUUUGCCAGUGCCUUCCAGCCCUGUCGCUCCAAGCCUCCAUACGAAACCUCAAUUCCCAGAGAGUAGAAACCCUUAUCCCUAACCCCUUUUACAAUUCCCAGCCAUGGCAACUGGGCCAAAUCUUGAAUGCCGGAUGUAUGAGGCCAAAUACCCUGAGGUGGACCAGGCCGUUAUGAUACAGGUGAAGAGCAUGGCAGACAGUGGUGCGUAUGUUUCACUGUUGGAGUACAAUAACAUCGAGGGUAUGAUCCUAUUCUCGGAGCUCUCCCGCCGUCGAAUUCGUAGUAUCAGCAGUCUCAUCAGGGUGGGUCGGAUCGAGCCAGUCAUGGUCCUUCGUGUUGACAAGGAAAAGGGCUACAUUGAUUUAAGUAAGAGGAGGGUUUCUGAGGAAGAUAUUCAGGCCUGCGAGGAAAGAUACAACAAAAGUAAACUUGUGCAUUCCAUUAUGCGUCAUGUUGCUGAGACCAUGAAUAUUGAUUUGGAGGAUCUCUAUAUCCAUGUUGGCUGGCCAUUAUACAGGAAAUACGGCCAUGCAUUUGAGGCAUUCAAAUUAAUCGUCAACGAUCCCGAUUCGGUGCUCGAUUGCCUUACCCGCGAAAUCAAAGAAGUUGGCCCUGAUGGCCAGGAGAUGACUAAGAUGGUGCCUGCCAUAUCUGAGGAAGUUAAAGAUGCUUUAGUUAAAAAUAUCAGGAGAAGAAUGACCCCACAACCAUUGAAGAUUCGGGCAGAUGUUGAAAUGAAGUGUUUCCAAUUUGAUGGUGUUCUGCACAUCAAGGAAGCAAUGCGUAAAGCUGAAGCUGCGGGUAACAAGGAUUGCCCAGUUAAAAUUAAACUUGUUGCCCCUCCAGCAUAUGUCCUCAACACCCAAACUCUCGACAAGGAUCAAGGUAUUGCUACUCUUAACAAGGCUAUUGAAGCUUGCACGGAAGAAAUUGAACGUCACAAGGGAAAACUUACUGUUAAAGAGGCACCAAGAGCUGUGAGUGAACGGGAGGACAAACUACUUGCUGAGCAGAUGCUUAAGCUGGGUCGUGAAAAUGAGGAGAUUAGUGGAGACGAAGACAGUGAAGAGGAGGAAGAUACAGGUAUGGGAGAAGUUGAUGUCGAGAAUACAGGAACCACGUUCUAAGAGUGAAAAUUCUGUUGUUUUGUUCUACUCGAGAAAAUUCUCUUUAUACAGUUGAGUUAUUUUCUUCAAUUUUUGAAUUGGGUAUUAGGAGGGUGUAUGAAACUGUUACUGAAGUUAGUUUACAUAUUUGGAUUGCUCAUUUACUAAUGCCUUUCGAGGUUUAUUUGAAUUUUGAACUUAACAUUUUCGAUGGUAAA